CUGUUCUAGAAACUUCUAAUAAAAAGGGUGAAGGAAGAUAAUCAACCUUCUUCCCCUUCUUGGUGCCUUAGCCGUUUACCGUCUUUUCAACUUUUCUCUUGUCAACCAAUUCGCCGUUUUAUAGAUACUUUAAUCUGCUCCUAAGGUUUUUAUCGUUCUCUCCGACGUCAACGGAGUAAUCUUCUGAUAUUUCCGGCGUCAUCGAUUUUUUCAGUCAAGUAAGCGGAGAUCAUGGAAAAGCUUCGAUGUCAGAGGAUUGGUUGCAACGCGGUUUUUACCGAGGACGAUAACCCCGACAAUUCCUGCACCUAUCACGAAUCUGUUCGUCUCUCUCUACCUUAUUUUACUUGCAGAUUUAUAUUAAUGCCGUUGAUUUUUCAUUCAUUCUCUGAGUUAAGCUUCGAGUAGUAACGAGAUUUUGUAUUCUGUUCCGUCCUUUUUGCUGAAUUCUAGUGUAUGUUAUCUUUAUAUUUAUAUUCAAUUUUGUGUUUCUAUGUGUGUGUUGCGGCGUUGUUUAUCCGCUCUUUGAUAUGUGAACAUCAUAUAACUGCGGGGAAGGGAGAUUUAGUUGGUCACGAAGAUUCAGGAUUGUCCGCUUGGAUUGAAAAAUUCACUUAGAUCGGCAAGAGAUUUUGUGCUCUUUUGGAAUCUUGUAUGCAUUAGGACUCGACAUGUGUGAGCUUUUCUGUGCUACAAAUAAUGUCGAAAUUAGUUAGCUAAUAAGUGAGGUGUGGGAUUUGUUUUAAUUCACCCCGCAAACCUUAAAGGUUGGAAUGCCGUUCUUCCUAUUUAACCAUAUUUUCAGUAGCAACAAUGCUAGUUACGGCAGCAUAUGAUCAGUUAAAGACCUGAUGCUUUUUUUUUUUGGUGGUAUUGGUUGUUCUUGUGCAAAUUGCCUUCUAUUUGCUUUUUUUUUUUUGCAGAGUUAGUUCCUUUUGAUUUCUAACUCUCCUGUUAUAUACUUAUAUUUCUACUGCCUGUCCUUACUGAAUACCUAAUGAAGAGUGUAGUUGAGUGUUUCUACUCUCUGCAAAGAACUAGGCCUAGGAUACAAUGUAAAUAUUUGCUUGUGAAGACCCUUCUAAAACCUAUGGAUUUAGCUUUUAAUUUUUUUUUAGUUUGCAUUGUGCAAUAUUGUUUGACAGAUUUUUAACUUGAAUGGAUAAUGACAGACAGGCCUUUUGUCUAACAGUUUCUUGUUCUUUUGCAUGGCAUGGCUAUUGCUAAUUGGGUUCGGUGUUGGUCAUCUUAUAGGGUGUAAGUAUAUAUUAGUUUGCAUUUUCCUUUUUACAGUUUCUCUUACAUAAUUUCUAAAAUGGAUAUGUGCAUAUUCUAAGCCUCUGAAUUCCCCAGCCUAUAUUCCACGAUGGGAUGAAAGAGUGGAGUUGUUGCAAGAAAAGAAGCCAUGACUUCAGUCUGUUUUUAGAAAUUCCUGGUUGCAAGACUGGGAAGCAUACGACAGAAAAACCAGUUUUAGCAAAGGCAGCACCUCCAAAGAGACCAAUUUCUGUUCCGAUUCCUGAGAAUAAUGCAUCAGCAAAGGAUUCUUGUCCAAGAUGUCGACAGGGAUUCUAUUGCUCAGACCAUCGUACUCAAGCAAGGAAUAUGAAUAAAAAAACCUCAGAUAUUGUUGUUACAACAUCUUGCGAAAGUGAAUCAAAUUCACAGGAUGUUCCACCACCAGCAGUAAAGAAGAUAGUUGACAUCAAACAACCUCAAAUUUGUAAAAACAAGGGGUGUGGUAAAACCUUCAAAGAAAAGGAUAAUAGUGAUACUGCAUGCAAUUAUCAUCCUGGCCCUGCCGUUUUCCAUGAUCGGAUGAGAGGGUGGAAAUGCUGUGAUAUUCAUGUAAAGGAAUUUGACGAGUUCAUGGAAAUUCCUCCUUGCACGAAGGGUUGGCACAAUGCUGACGCUACAUCAUGAUAAACACACCAUCGGUAGGAGGGAUUGAUGGGUUUUUGCUCCCACUAGUAUGUUUACUUUGAGCAGUUAAUCUUCUUGUUGUGCAUUUCAACAUUGCAUUGUUUCGGACAUUUCAUAAGAGGGAUAUUGAGUCCCAGUUGUUCUUGUGUGUCUUACUCUGAUUUGAUCUUUUGGUUUUUGUCUCACAUAAUCAGCUCUAGCCUUCAAAACUUUGGCUUCAUUGUCAGUCUGUAUCUUGAUAAUAUCCUAUCUUCUGAAGUUAUAUUGAUGACAUACUGAAAAUCCUGCGGGUGACUGCUAAUCUCUGAGUUGGAUAUGUUGAAACCUGUUUAGCGCAAAUUACAGUGGUGAAAUAGCUAUAGGCACCCAGUUGACCAGUUCUUCAUAUCCGAACAAAGUGAACAUAUCAUUUUUUGUUACUUUCUUGUUAUGGGGGAUUUCAUUGCGUUCAUCCAUUGGCCACUUUGUAAUCACUAGUAGUCAGAGUUGGAGGUCUGGUUACCAUACAGCCCAAUAUUUUGGCCCAUUGUUGUGCCUCUGUUUACUGGCAUCUGCUGAAAUCCAUAUACAAUAUGACUGAUAUUUUUCUGAUGGAUCUGCUGAAUAAGAUGGAAGGUUCCUAUGCCGCUUCUGCCUCAAAAACAUAUCCUUCCAUCUUUUUAUGCUCCUUGUAGUUCAUUUUAUUCAAUUGUUAUGUUAGACUAUAGUAUGUUUAACUCUAUGAUCUUUCUUCCUUUUUUUUUUUUUGGGUGUUUUCGAGUCAAAAGAAAUAUAUUAUAUUGUAAUUACACCAAA